AUGGAAGAUGAAGAUUCGCGGUCUCAAAUGGACAUCCGAAGUCAGAUUGGUCCAAAGGGAAUUAUUCCAAGACAUUGUGUUUAUGCUUUGGUAGGUUUGGAUGCUAUUUUAUUUUUUUUUAUUGCCGGAAGUCAUUAGAAAUUGCGGAUUAAGAGAGAUUUUUUCAGUCAACGCCUCAAUUCAUCGUCUCUGCUUCCUGCAAUCUCAUAAUGCGAGUUGCACAUUACGCUAUACUGCUCUAUUUCGGUCGCAAAAUCGUAAUGAAGAUGAAAGAAGUCUCCUUUAACCUGAAGACGGAGAAUGCGCAGCGAUAUGUGGUCAAUGUAAUGGUGCUACAGGUAAGUGUAUAAAUUGAUGACGUACGAAAACAAUAAUAUAAUUUGCCUCUCUAUUUUUAAUGUUAUCGGUAUAAAGUAAAUCCUCCAAUUACUUAGAGUUCAGGCGCUCUAUCCUUUAAUUGUUUUCUUUGUCCCUUUGGCGAUACACUCCUCCUUCAUCAUGGCAGGAGUGAAUCUCGGCUUUUUGCCGUAUCUCCUCUCCGCAAUACCUCAACUACUGCCCGCAAUGAAUGCCAUUACAAUCAUGACAUUGAUCCCUUCGUAUCGUCGAACACUCUGCUUAUCGUUGAACCCGGAUGUAGAGUCGACGGUCACGGUGGUUUCUGGCAGUCGGAAAAGCAUCGAUGUGCGGCAAAAUUAA